AAGAAAGAGAAAAAAAGAAAAUGAAAACUGGGAAUGGCGAAGGAAGGCAAAACCCUCCUUAAACCCUAAUCGCAGAUUCGAUCAAUUUCGACGAAUCAAUCAGGCAAGAUGGCUCAUCGUUUAUUGCUCCGAGGAUUGCGAGGAGCAGUGCGGAAUCUGGUUACCCGUCAACAAUCCAAUCCCCUCAAUUAUUGUCACAAAUCUUCGAUUAGAAACUACGUGUCGGAAAUGCGCAAAUCGGCGUUCGAAGGCAACAUUCUCCGGCUUAUUCGGAACGAGAUUCAGUACGAGCUUGAGCGUUCUCCGCCAUCUGAGCUUGUAGGAGAAUUCAAUUCAUUCACGAUUGAUGAAUGCCGGGGCGAGCAGUGGAUUCGACUGAGCAAGAAAUACAGUGAGAGUGAAGAAAUUAAAAUCGACGUAACUAUGUUUGAUGGAUCUGUACCCGUGGAAAAGUACGAUGGAUCUUCGGAGGAUGUGAAGCUUCAUAUAACUUUGAUCGUCGAUAUCUUCAAGGGCGAGAGCAGCCGUGUUCUGGAAUUUUUAUGCUCUGCAUGGCCGGAUAGUAUAGAAAUUCGUAAUGUGUUUACACGCGAUCGUGAUCAAAUGAAAAUGCAGCCGCAUAUGGGCCCUGAAUUCAAGGAAUUGUCGGACGAACUUCAGGAUUCUCUCUACGAAUUCUUGGAGUCAAGGGGCGUAGACGAUAAGCUAGCUGAAUUUGUACAUCUCUAUAUGAGGAGGAAAGACGAGAGCGAGUACGUACGGUGGAUGGAAAAUCUCAAAUCUUUUAUUCAGAAGAAAUAGAGAAAAAUCUUUCGAGGUACUUUGGCUGCUGCCCUAUUCUUCUAUUAUUUACUAUUCUUCGGCAUUGUUAGAUUUGUUUCUAUAAGGGAAGAACCGGCUUUAAACUAGAUCGGUGGCUUCUAGAAAGUCAUCUCCGGGAUCGAUAGUAAAAUUCGCUCUAGUAGCAAAGAUGCAUUUCCCUUUCAUCGACUUGCCGAUGAAAUAUGGGUCGAAAAUAUCUUAAACUCGGCUUAGGGUCCAGAGACUCCACCGAUAUUACAUCGGUUCGUCUCUCCCAACUUUGAAUCCUCACUCUGGUUUAACUAACUCGGGAUUCAAGAACAGACGUGGAAACCAAACAUUUAGAUGUUGUGAUGUUCUGUAAGAAGAAAUAGUGAAUUUUUAUUGAGAAUCCUAAAGAUUGCAUAGGAAAAAUAUUGAAAAGAUUCUCAAAGUAAACAGACUUUUAAAACAAACACUAUAUAUCGAAUAUGAUAUUUAUUCGAAAGAAAAAUAUAUAGCGACAAACAUAUACUAGGAAACUAUGGCUUCGGAUUUGAAAUUUUUUGGAGUUUUGAAAAUUGUCGAGAAUAAUAAAAUGUUACUGAGUAUUAGAUCAUUAGAUGUGAUGUUCUAUGAGAAAAAAAUAUAUAUUUGAUGUCAUUAUAUGUUUUGAAAAAGUUACUAUUUGUUAACUAAUAAUGCCAAAAAUUUUAGAAGCAUCUAUGUAAAUGGUUUGACUCAUUUUAGAAAAGUUCGAUAUUACAUUCUCUCCUAUUGUUGAAAUACACUAAGGGCGUGUUUGUUUGGGGGAUUGGAUUUUAAAUUCACUAUUCAUCCCAUUUUUCUCUCAAAAAAAUCAAAUCAAACAUUUAUUUUAUAUUUUUUAUAUUAUACUAAAAAUCAAUUUUACAUUUAAAACAUCACAUCAACACCUAUUUAUAUCACAUCAUAUAACUAUUCAAAUUCAAUUUUUUACUAUUCAAAUCUCAACUCAAAAUUCAAACCCUCGAACAAACACAUCCUAGCAGGAAGGAAAACAUCAUAAGGGAAUAUUGACAAAAAAAAUUCUUCGAACAACAUUAUUAUUCGAAGAAUAUAAUGGUACCGUAUAUUUCUACAAUAGUCUUUGUCGACGAACAAAGAUUUGGGUCUUUUUUUUUUCUUUUUUCUCGUCUUGGAAAUAUCUGGUUUAGAUUUUGUAUUUAAAUAAAAUUUGACUAUUUUGUGAGAUAAUUUUUUAUAUAUAUAUAGAAAGUUUUAGGAAAUUUGAAUUAAAGAAACACAAUGUUUAGCCUUAAGUUUGUUCGAUGGAUUAGAACUUGUAAUACGAGAUUGUUUGACUUUUGACUCUUGUAAAUAAGCACUUGGCUAAACUAGAUCUUUAAUAAGUCAAAUAAAUUGGGGAUUAUUUUAUUUAAAUCACACGUAAUUAUGAUAACGACUAAAGCACAAAAUCAAACACGAUCUUGUUCUUUGAACCAUUGCAAUUUUUAGUUAUCUAUUUAUUUAUUUCAUUUCAUUUAAAAUCAUACAUAUUGAUGUGAUGCCGUAAAAUUUUUAAAUAAAUGAGUGACAUUUUUUCUUUAUUUUUCUCUAGAAGGGUGCUUACACUUAAAUGACACUGUGCUAAUUUGAUCGAGUUAGCACACUAAUAUGAAAUAAUUAGUAUUUCAUUACAAGAUUGAUAUAAUCAAGUUAGCACACUAAUAUGAAAUAAUUAGUAUUUCAUUACAAGACUGAUAUAAUUAAGUUAACACACUAAUAUGAAAUAAUUAGUAUUUCAUCACAAGCCGAUAAUGUGUGAAUUAUAUAUUGUGU